AUGUACAAGGUCUUGCGAUCUGUGUUGGAAUGCAAAGUCACCGGAACAUCUCAGGAGACCUCUGCAGCUAUCAGUGGGAGGGUCAAGGACAAGGAGUCCAAACAAAUCGUGGCUCAGCAACUCCAAACUGUUGCUGACAACAUGCCGGAGUUCGACCUCAAGACAGGCCAACUCAAACAAAAGAAGGUCCCGAAGGAGAAGGCCCCCGAGGAUGUAGCAGCUAAGAAUCUCAAGACCCUGUCAAGCAAGGUGAAGAGUUUGGCAAAUGAUAUCCCGAAGUGCCUUCAAGAGAUUGAAUCCUUUGGUGUCCGAAACUGCAAGGAGUUGGUGGCCAGCUUGAGGGGCCAUCAGAGCACUGUGGACCACCACAUGGAGCAAGUGGUGGACAAAUCUUCGCAGCCAAGCUCAAGUUUGAACACAGAGGAGGUUGCCUGCUUCAUCGAGGACACCAAACACUGUUUAAAGAAUGUGGAUGUGGAUAUCCGUGAUGCCAAAAGGCGGGUCAACGCAAUGCGGCCCAAGAAAAAGAAGAAUAAUGCUGAUGAAGUCUUUGAUUCUGAGUCUUGUUCCGAAGCAUCUGAGUAG